GAUCGCUGUGUUGAAGUUGCGCUGCCAAUUUCUCAACUCAGCACCGCCAUCAUGCCUGCCACCAAGAAAUCCGUCAAGAACCAGAAGAAGCAGUUCACCAUUGACUGCGAGGUCGCCACCGAGGAGGGCAUCAUCGAUCUGGCUGCUUUCGAGAAGUUCUUGCAGGACCGCAUCAAGGUCAACGGCAAGACUGGUGGUCUUCAGGGUGUUGUCGACCUGACCCGCACCGCUUCCGCCAUCACCGUCACCACUGAGGCUCCCUUCCCCAAGCGUUACCUCAAGUACCUGACGAAGAAGUUCUUGAAGAAGAUGCAGCUCCGUGAUGCUUUCCGUGUGGUCGCCGUCAACGCCUCCACCUACAAGCUCAGCUGGUUCAACAUCUCCGACGAGGCUGAGGAGGAGGAGGCUGACGAGUAAAUCGUCCCUUGCCGCUUUUCUCAAAAGUCUGGCUCGUCCGAUACCCCGCAUGCUUUGCACGGCUGGGAUUGGCGCCUGGAGCGUGAACAAUUGGGUCUCCCGAUGUUGUUGAAUUGACCGUCGGUUGGCCAUUUAUUCCGUGUCUUUUUUUUUCUUUCUUUUGCCUUUUUUUUUCGAUAGCUUUUGUUUGUGUGCAUGUGUGCCGGUUGCUCGAUGGUGGUCGUAUCGCCACAUGGCUGUGCCAUUUGUGUGCGAUGCCUCCCCUUGAGCCUCUUACGAGUUGAUAAACGCAACUCGUUGGGGAAGAGAGACAAUAAUUUACCGGCUCUUGUC